UUCCCCUCCAUGAGCUUCGCCUGACGGCCUACUGGUAGGCUUUCAGUUUACUUCUCGUCACAUGUCCCUUGAGUCUCCAUGGAUGUCAGAUUUCGUCCGUUCGAUAGGUCCAUGUUAUAUAUAUACGUCAUCUUACCUCGUCCUUCUAAAAAUCGUAGUUCCAAGACAUUCUUAUAUGAUGAUUCACCGGAGACAGAUCUAAGCUGGAGCUCAUCCAUAGAUACUGAAGAACAUCUCCAGAGCGGAAAUCCCUCUCAUAGUUCGCUUUGUACACUCUCCUUAUGUUCCUCCUCACGAGAAAGCUAUGGAGUCUCUGUACAUGUUCAUGUCGAAUCUCUCCGCCUGGUUUGUGUUUUCUUCUAUGGUUCUGGCCGAAUAUACUGCUAAUCAUUGAGAUGAAGCUCCGCCAUCACGAGCAACAGCAUACAUACGCUUGUAUCAUAGUAUUUGGCGGCCGUGAUAGGUUUGGGCUCCCUGGUUACGUGCAUCCCAAACCAGGAAGACGUCAGUCGCGAGAGUCAGCUUAUACUUGGGAUUACUGAUCUGGAAGAACAGAGAAGACGCAGGUGGGAUUCACUGUGACUGUUUCGACCGCAUUCUGCUUGGGGCCGUGAACUUGAACAGCAUGGAAGUUCAGAGAUCAAGAACCAGGAGAACCGGAGGCUCUCUGCCUGCAGGUAGCUCCAGCCAGCCGAAAGCAAGCAUCGGUCGAUCCCGGAAGGCCCAUAGCAGGGUGGAACAGAUCGUUGCAACGUACGUCUACACAGACGUGGACAAUUUUCGUGCCUUGGUGCAGCAGCUAACUGGAGAUCCUUCAACGAAUCCAUCAUCGCUUCCUCAGACUCCUGAUCUGAAGGAGAGCGAAGGAAGACUCCAACGUCAUCUCAGGAUGAAUAGCAUUGCUACGUCCGACCUCGGAAGAGAUAGAGCAAGUUUGAAGAGAGCGUCUACUCCAAAAUUGUUCGAGCGAAGGAGGAAUGCAAAGAACCUGGAGGUGACAAAGCUGGCCACGGGGCCUUCCAUAGCUAAUUUAAAUAGCGCUACGAUUGCGAAAGGAUUCCAGAUUUGUCCAAACUCCCAUAGUCCGAUCUCGAUACUUAACGCAUUCGAAUUUUUCUCAGAUCAGAGCAGUAAUAUGACGAGCCCACUUGGGUAUACCAAUCGCCCUUCAGUUCCAAACACUCCCACAUCCAAUUUCAAUAUCAACAAAACCAUACUGGAACCAGAGCUAGAGGAUGGCCCAUCCGGCGAAGAGCCAAAUCAGCCGAGACUUCUUCAACUCUUUCCACUCCACUCUAGUCGUUGAUUUUUUAGAGUAUCAGCAGAAUCAGGUCCACCUUUAGCAUGGAUCGAUUUGGAUGGUACUACAUCUGAUUUUAAUUAUGUAUAUACAUGCACAGUCUGGAGUUUGGCUCAUCUCUUGAUUCGAUUCAGGGUAUAGACUGUCGACAAUGGCAGGAUGAGAUAUAAACAUCUGUAUUAAAUUCUAAUUACGAUGCCAGCAAUGCAAGGUAUCAUGAUAAGCUUGCCUUCC